UAGUGACGUCACAGGAAAUGCGGAAGUAGCUCGUCGUUCAGGCUGUUUUGUUUUGUCUGUUAUCUACGGUACAAAUGGGUCGUUUUUAAAUUUAUUUUUACUUAUUUUUAGUUUUCUCCUUUCGGUUAAAUCUAUAUAAAUAAAUAAAUGAACUGAAAGAUGUCACAGGAUCUGUGGUUGCAGAACUAUGACGCCACGUGCCGACUUGCCCAGGAGAUCGCUGAGAACAUCCAGGAGAGGAACCGACAGCAGAGAACCGGCGGGAACCCGGCCAAGCUGAACAUGAGCCUGCGAGCGUCUCUGCAGAAACUGAAGCAGAACAUCACACAGCUGAGGGAGACACUCGCUCGAGCCUCGUCUCAGCGCCGCAUCAUGCAGAGUGAAGCGGACCGGCGGCAGAAUCUGGUGGACGAUUUGGUGACGAGAGAGAAGCAGCUGUUCAGCUCGUUCAGCCGAGACCCGAGCGCUCCAGAACCGUCACGGUCGACACUGCUGACGGGAGGAUUUGGGGCGGAGCCUGCACAGAAUCCGUGGCUGGUCGAUGAAUCAGAGGAGACGAAAGGACUGACGUUUAGAGAGAUCAAAGAGCAGCAGCAACGCAUCAUCCAGGCUCAGGAUGAAGGGCUGGACGUGUUAGCAGACGUGAUCAGCAGACAGAAGCGAAUGGGACAGGAGAUCGGAAAUGAACUUGAUGAACACAACGAGAUCAUCGAUGACAUCACACAGCUGGUGGACACGACAGACAGCCGCAUCCGCAAUGAGACACGCCGAGUCCAACUGGUGGAGACCAAAUCAGCUUCCUGUGGGUUGGCGGUUCGAUUCCCGGCCCACAUGACUCCACAUGUCGAAGUGUCCUUGGGCAAGACACUGAACCCCAAGUUGCUCCUGAUGGUAAGUUAGCGCCUUGCGUGGCAGCUCCUGCUACCAUUGGUGUGUGAGUGUGUGUAUGAAUGGGUGAAUGACACACAGUUUAAAGCACUUUGGAUAAAAGCGCUAUAUAAGUGCAGACCAUUUACCAUUGACAUACAUAUACACACACACACACCUAUAAACACAUACACAUAUAUACACACACACAAACACACACACACACACAUAACUGAUAAAGAACAAAUGAGAAUAAAUGACUUGUUUACAUCCUUUAAUUAUUUACACCGCCACUAGUGUAGAAGAAACACUGAAAGAGUGUGUGUGUGUGUGUGUGUGUAUGUGUGUGUGUGUGUGUGUGUGAGUGUGUGUGUAAACAGUAUCUGCACAUUAUUAAAAUGAA